AUGCGUCUCUAUUUGAUCUACGCUAUAUUGUCCGUUCCAUUGCUCUGUGCUGCCGUUGGUGAUGAAGCAGAACCAAAGUUUAAAAAAGUAGAGAAAGAAUCUGAUAUUGACGCAAUUCUUGAACACAUCAUAAGUUUGAGCGAAAGCAGCGAUAAGGGUGGAGCUCGUCUCGCGGCAAAAAUUAUUCAAGAGAAAGCCACUACUAAACAACAGGUCUUCCAGAUAGCUUACAGGGCACUAAAACGCACUCCCUUUUCUGGACUACUGCCGCGUUGCUUAUGCAAGCUGGUAAACUGCGCUUUGGCUCCCUGCUACUCCAUGUGCACGUCCAGCGAGGCCGACCCGCACGCUGUAGACGACGUCAUCAAGGAAAUAAAGCAAAAGAGAACCACUGCGGCAACAGCUGUAGCCGAUGCAAUCGGUGAACUCCGAACUACCUACCGCUACAAAGAUGACGUGAUCAAGGCAGCGUAUGAACAAUGCAAAAGCGAAGAGAGUAAGCUACUACCGUGUAUGGUCAAGGAGUUGUACGUCCAGAAAUCAAGGGAUGAACACAGCUUACACGUCUGUACAUUUCAUUAUCUCCUCGCUCUGGUAGUGCAGUGCUCUGUUGACUGCUUCGCGAGAUACAAUGUCAACUGUCUCGAGUGCGUAGGGAAGCCGAUUCCCAAUCUAAUGAGCUGUAUGAAAGAUGCGGCUGAAGAUCACAUUAAGUGA